GCCGUCAGUCCACGACCGGACUGGGACAGACGCUGAGGAUGGCUCAGGUUGUGUUUUAAGACGGGAGCUCCGUGAGCCACAGGAAUGCCUGACCUCUGCGAUUGGAGUCUCUCUGACACUUGGUGCCAUUCUGUCUGGUCUCCUCAGAAGAAGAACCCUAAUCUGGAGACCCUUUGGACCAGAAGAUACAGUUCCGUGUCAUUUGGGGAAGGGUUACUGCCUUUCACGACUGCCCAGAGGGGAUAAACAGUGUUGUAGCUUCCGGAGAGACUUUAGGAGUCAUUUGUUGAACCUUCAGUUGGACGGAAGAGACUGGCAGAUUUGGCGCUGACGGAGGCAAGGGAUCGCUGUGGCGAGAUUUGUCCAGAAGAAUUAUGGAGAGAAUCCAGAAGCCUACAAUGAGGAACUGAAGAAGCUGGAGUUGCUCAGACAGAAUGCUGUUCGUGUCCCACGGGACUUUGAGGGCUGCAGUGUCCUCCGCAAGUACCUGGGCCAGCUCCACUACCUGCAGAGUCGGGUCCCCAUGGGCUCAGGCCAGGAGGCUGCUGUUUCUGUCACCUGGACUGAGAUCUUCUCAGGCAAAUCUGUGGCCCAUGAAGACAUCAAGUAUGAGCAGGCCUGCAUUCUCUACAACCUUGGAGCGCUGCACUCCAUGCUGGGGGCCAUGGACAAACGCAUGUCUGAGGAGGGCAUGAAGGUCUCCUGCACUCACUUCCAGUGCGCAGCAGGUGCCUUUGCCUACCUGCGUGAGCACUUCCCUCAUGCCUACAGCGUUGACAUGAGCCGGCAGAUCCUCACUCUCAAUGUCAACCUCAUGCUGGGCCAGGCUCAGGAGUGCCUUCUGGAGAAGUCCAUGUUGGACAACAGGAAGAGCUUUCUGGUGGCUCGCAUCAGUGCACAGGUGGUGGAUUACUACAAGGAGGCGUGCCGGGCCUUGGAGAACCCCGAUACCGCCUCACUGCUGGGCCGGAUCCAGAAGGACUGGAAGAAGCUGGUACAGAUGAAGAUCUACUACUUUGCGGCUGUGGCUCAUUUGCACAUGGGGAAGCAGGCUGAGGAGCAGCAGAAGUUUGGAGAGCGAGUCGCGUACUUCCAGAGUGCCCUGGACAAGCUCAAUGAAGCCAUCAAGCUGGCCAAGGGCCAGCCUGACACCGUGCAAGACGCACUUCGCUUCACUAUGGACGUCAUUGGGGGAAAAUACAAUUCUGCGAAGAAGGACAAUGAUUUCAUCUACCACGAGGCUGUCCCAGCACUGGACACCCUUCAGCCUGUAAAAGGUGCCCCCUUGGUGAAGCCCUUACCAGUGAACCCCACAGACCCAGCUGUUACGGGCCCUGACAUCUUCACCAAACUGGUACCCAUGGCUGCCCAUGAAGCCUCGUCGCUGUACAGUGAGGAGAAGGCCAAGCUGCUUCGGGAGAUGAUGGCCAAGAUUGAGGACAAGAAUGAGGUCCUGGACCAGUUCAUGGAUUCAAUGCAGCUGGAUCCUGAGACAGUGGACAACCUUGAUGCCUACAGCCACAUCCCACCCCAGCUCAUGGAGAAGUGUGCGGCUCUCAGUGUCCGGCCCGACACUGUCAGGAACCUCGUCCAGUCCAUGCAAGUGCUGUCAGGUGUGUUCACGGAUGUGGAGGCCUCCCUGAAGGACAUCAGAGACCUGCUGGAGGAGGAUGAGCUGCUAGAACAGAAGAUGCAGGAGGCAGUGAGCCAGGCAGGGGCCAGCACGGCUGUCUCCAAGGCCGAGCUGGUAGAGGUGAGGCGAGAAUGGGCCAAGUACAUGGAGGUCCACGAGAAGGCCUCCUUCACCAACAGCGAGCUGCACCGCGCCAUGAAUCUGCAUGUUGGCAACCUGCGCCUGCUCAGUGGUCCUCUGGACCAGGUCCGGGCUGCCCUGCCCACGCCAGCCCUCACCCCAGAGGACAAGGCAGUGCUGCAGAACCUGAAGCGCAUCCUGGCCAAGGUGCAGGAGAUGCGGGACCAGCGUGUGUCCCUGGAGCAGCAGCUGCGUGAGCUUAUCCAGAAGGAUGACAUCACGGCGUCACUGGUUACCACAGACCAUUCAGAGAUAAAGAAGCUGUUUGAGGAGCAGCUGAAGAAGUAUGACCAGCUGAGGGUGUACCUGGAGCAGAACCUGGCCGCCCAGGACAACAUUCUCCGGGCACUGACAGAGGCCAACGUGCAGUACGCAUCUGUGCGGCGGGUGCUCAGUGAACUGGACCAAAAGUGGAACUCCACGCUGCAGACCCUGGUGGCCUCCUAUGAAGCCUACGAGGACCUGAUGAAGAAGUCCCAGGAGGGCAAGGACUUCUAUGCAGACCUGGAGAGCAAGGUGGCCGCUCUCCUGGAACGGGCACAGUCUACCUGCCAGGCCCGCGAGGCAGCCCGCCAGCAGCUCCUGGACAGGGAGCUGAAGAAGAAGCCGCCGCCACGGCCCACAGCCCCAAAGCCGCUGCUGCCCCGCAGGGAGGAGGGCGAGGCAGUGGAGGCAGGGGACCUGCCUGAGGAGCUGCGCAGCCUGCCCCCCGACACCUUCCUGGGGGCGGCUGCCCCACUCCACUUCCCCCCUGGCCCCUUCCCCAGCUCUGCAGGCCCAGGACCCCACUAUCUCUCAGGCGCCUUACCGCCUGGUACCUACUCAGGCCCUGCCCAGAUGUUGCAGCCCAGGGCCCCCCAGGCCCUAGGGCACCCUGUGGUGGCCCUGGCACCUGGACCUGCUCUCUACACACCCGGGGCCUACACACCAGAGCUGGGCCUCGUGCCGCGAUCCUCGCCGCAGCAUGGCAUGGUGAGCAGUCCCUAUGGGGGGGUGGGGCCCACCCCACCGGCUGCAGGCCUGCCCUCAGCCCCACCUCCCCAGUUCUCGGGCGCUGAGUUGGCCGUGGGGAUUCGGCCAGCCACCACCACAGUAGAUAGCAUCCAGGCCCCCAUCUCCAGCCACACAGCACCACGGCCAAACCCUGCCCCUGCUCCUCCCCGGCCCCGCUUCCCGGGGCCGCCCCCCCAGCCGCUGCCCGUGCCCUACACAUACCCGAUGGGGGCCAAGCCACCCGUCGCAGUUCCCCCCGCCCAGCACCACUUUUCUCCUGGGAUGCCCACAGGUUUUUCAGCCCCGAGGACUGGGCCCCACCCUCAUCCCACACGAGCGGUGUUUGGGCCCCAGCCUCCCCAGCAGCCCCUUCCACUCCAGCAUCCGCACCUCUUCCCGCCCCAGGCUCCAGGACUGGUACCUCCACAGACCCCCUAUCCCUUUGCCCCUCAGCCUGGUGUCCUGGGGCAGCCACCACCCACCCUGCACACCCAGCUCUACCCAGGCCCCUCUCAGGACCCUCUGCCUCCCCACUCAGGGGCGCUGCCUUUCCCCAGCCCUGGGCCCCCUCAGCCUCCCCAUCCCACCCUGGCAUAUGGUCCUGCCCCUUCCCCCAGGCCCCUGGGCCCCCAGGCCCCCCCCCUUUCCAUUCGAGGCCCUCCGCCUGCCAGCCAGCCCGCCCCCACUCCCCACCUGGUGCCUUCACCUGCCCCGUCACCGGGGCCCGGCCCCGUACCUCCUCGGCCCCCUGCAGCAGAGCCAGCCGUGUGUCUGCGCCGAGGUGCUGCGAGUGCAGAUCUGCUCUCCUCCAGCCCUGAGAGUCAGCAUGGAGGCGCUCAGCCUCCUGGGGGUGGGCAGCCUCUGCUGCAGCCCACUAAGGUGGAUGCGGCUGAGGGCCGGCGGCCACAGGCCCUGCGGCUGAUCGAGCAGGACCCCUACGAGCACCCGGAGAGGCUGCAGCAGUUGCAGCAGGAGCUGGAGGCCUUUCGGGGCCAGCUGGGCGAUGCAGGGGCUCUGGACGCUGUCUGGCGGGAGCUGCAAGACGCACAGGAGCACGAUGCCCGUGGCCGUUCCAUCGCCAUCGCCCGCUGCUACUCACUGAAGAACCGGCACCAGGACGUCAUGCCCUACGACAGCAACCGUGUGGUGCUGCGCUCGGGCAAGGACGACUACAUCAACGCCAGCCGCGUGGAGGGCCUCUCACCGUACUGCCCACCUUUGGUGGCCACCCAGGCCCCCCUGCCUGGCACAGCUGCCGACUUCUGGCUCAUGGUGCAUGAGCAGAAAGUGUCAGUCAUUGUCAUGCUUGUGUCCGAGGCCGAGAUGGAAAAGCAAAAGGUGGCUCGCUACUUCCCUACCGAGAGGGGCCAGCCCAUGGUGCAUGGUGCCCUGAGCUUGGCCCUGAGCAGUGUCCGCACCACCGAGACCCACGUGGAACGGGUGCUGAGCCUGCAGUUCCGGGACCAGAGCCUCAAGCGCUCACUCGUGCACCUCCACUUCCCCACAUGGCCGGAGUUAGGCCUGCCGGACAGCCCCAGCAACCUGCUGCACUUCAUCCAGGAGGUGCACGCUCAUUACCUGCAUCAGCGCCCCCUGCACACGCCUGUCGUCGUCCACUGCAGCUCCGGGGUGGGCCGCACGGGAGCCUUCGCACUGCUCUACGCGGCUGUGCAGGAGGUGGAGGCUGGAAGUGGGAUCCCUGAGUUGCCUCAGCUGGUGCGGCGCAUGCGGCAGCAGAGGAAACACAUGCUGCAGGAGAAGCUGCAUCUCAGAUUCUGCCAUGAGGCGGUGGUGAAACACGUGGAGCAGGUCCUGCAGCGCCACGGCGUGCUCCUUCCGUGCAAGCCCUCAGCUGGCGCCAGUGUCACCCAGAAGAAUCACCUUCCUCAGGACUCCCAGGACCUGGUUCUCGGUGGGGAUGUGCCCAUCAGCUCCAUCCAGGCCACUAUCGCCAAGCUCAGCAUCCGGCCUCCCGGGGGCUUGGAUUCCCCAGCUGCCGGCCUGCCAGGCCCUGUAGAGCCCCCAGGCCUGCUGCCACCCAGCCUCCCAGAGUCCACCCAGCUCCCAUCCUCCUCCCCACCCCCUCUCUCUUCACCCCUGCCUGAGGCCCCCCCGCCUGAGGAGGAGCAGCCGGUACCUGAGGUCCCCAGCCCGGGGCCCCCCUCCUCCUCGCUGGAGCUGCUGGCCUCCCUAACUCCUGAGGCCUUCUCUCUGGACAGCUCCUUGAAGGGAAAGCAGCGGAUGAGCAAGCAUAACUUUCUGCAGGCCCAUAACGGGCAGGGUCUGCGGGCUGCCCAGCCCACUGACGACCCCCUCAGCCUUCUGGAUCCACUCUGGACACUUAACAAGACCUGAACAGGGUUUGCCUGCCUGGUCCUUACACUAUGUUGUCUCCCAUGCCAGUCUGCCCCUCUUGAGGUGGGGCCUAGUCUUAACUCCCAUUCCUGCUGCCUUCAGCCCUGCCUGGCCCAGCCCACAGCUCUACGGGGUAGAGAUGCAUCACGGGUCUUGGGUCAGGUUCUGCUCCUUUGUGGGACCUGACAUUUUCAGCUCUUUGCUGUUGAAUAAACAAACCUGUUCUGUG